AUGCAGACGAUGUGCCAGCUUGCACGGCGCUCGCGCCGCGCCGGCUGGCUCAUCGAGCGCGCUCCCUGGCUCCGCAGCAGAGUGCUGCACCGGCGUGCAGCGGAUGCUGCGGCGCUGCGGCGCCGCCUCCCCGCCCUGUCCACGGAGCAGGCGAGCGGCGGCACGGCCUUCCACCAGCUGCAGGAGACGGGGUCCAGCAUGACGGUUUGCGAUGGCCCUGUGUGCAUCUGCGGCCUCUCGGACGACCGCUGCGUGUGCGGCUGCGUGGUGCCCGAGGCGGCUCCGAUCGCCGACUUCCUGCCCUCCGCGGCAAAGGCGGCAGCGAUGGCGGUGGAGCUGCCGCCGCCUCCAGCGGAGCCGACUGUCGGGCCGCCAGUCAAACGCACCGCCUUCUCCUCGCGCUACGAGCUUCAGCGCGGGGAGCUGCGUGAGAUCGACUCGGAGGCUCAGUUGGAGGCGGUUGCAGCGGAGGAGAUUGCCAUGCAGAGGAAGCGCAAGCGGUGGAAGCCGCCCGCGCCGGAGGACCUGGCCGAGGAGGAGCUCGAGGUGGUGGGAGCGAUCUGCGAGAUGGAGCUGCUGGGCCAGCUC